AUGGCCUUGCCCUUUCCUUUACUGAUGGCCCUGCUGGUGCUCACCUGCCAGGCGAACUGCUCUCUGGGGUGUGAUCUGCCUCAGACCCACAGCCUGGGGACCAGGAGGGCCUUGGUACUCCUGGGACGAAUGAGGAGAAUCUCCCCUCUGUCCUGCCUGAAGGACAGAAAUGACUUCGAAUUCCCCCAGGAAGACUUGGAUGGCCACCUGCUGCAGAAGGCCCGAGCCAUCUCUGUCCUCCAUGAGAUGACCCAGCAGAGCUUCAACCUCUUCUGCACAAAGGGCUCAUCGGCUGCUUGGGAUGAGAGCCUCUUGGACAAACUCUGCACUGGACUCUAUCAGCAGCUGGACGACCUGGAAGCCUGUCUGAUGCCGGAGGUGGGGGUGGAAGAGACUCCCCUGGUGAACGAGGACUUCGCACUGGCCGUGAGGAAAUACUUCCAAAGAAUCAGUCUCUACCUGAAAGAGAAGAGGCACAGCCCUUGCGCCUGGGAGGUCGUGAGAGCAGAAAUCGUGAGAUCCUUCUCUUCAUCAAUAAACAUGCGGGGAAGAUUAGGGAGGAGGCAAUGA